AGCAACAUGAAGCAAUGCACCCCGCGCGCAUCUGAACCGAGCCAAGCCGGUACGAAAGGAGGAAAGGAGCGCGCAAACGAUGGCGGUGUACGGAGUUCAACAGCCCCAGGCCAUUGGGACAAGCCAGCCCUAGCGUGUGGAGAAGAAAAUGUAUGCUGGGAUUGUGGCAGCAAAUGAGAGCCAGUCAGCAAUGGUGGCCAAGUCGCCGCGCUUCAGCCCAGCAUCAUGUGGGGCCGCCGGCAAUGGGGAAUUGUCUGGUCCCCGCGGUCAGCUGUGUGAUAAUCUGCGAGAAUGAUAACCUGGGUAGUCGGCGUGGAACCUGAUACGGGAGUCAGUUCAUUGUGUUAG